UCAAGUAGAUUAAUCAUUAAGUACUCGUUGCACCUGAAAGUGCUGCUCUUUUUUAGUGAUAAUUUUGUGCGAAGAAUCUCCAUUCACGAUGCAAGUAUUCGUGAGGACAGUGACUGGCAAGGACAUCACACUGGAAGUGGAAGGAACAGAUACAAUUGAGAGGAUAAAAAGUAAAAUCCGAGACAAAGAUGGAACUCCGGAGGAAGAACAGUGCCUGACUUAUGUUGGAAAGCCCCUGCAGGAUAUUCACAGAGUCUCUGACUACAGCAUACAGGAACACAGCACCAUUCACCUGGCCCUGAGGCUUCUUGGUGGGCUCCUGCCACCUUCUCUGAGGAUGCUGGCUGAGAAGUACAACUGUGACAAGAUGAUCUGCAGGAAGUGCUACGCAAGGCUCCAUCCCAGAGCCACAAAUUGCCGCAACAGGAAGUGCGGGCAUUCCAAUGAUCUCCGGGCCAAGAAGAAGCUCAAAGUUCAUCGACCAUAAACCCUUUGUCCAGGAAAUGUUAAAAGCCCCAAAAUCAGCCAAAGAGAGAUUCCCAGAAGACGGAAAAAACUGUGAAUUUUCAUCUAAAUGAUCUUGUGAUCUUUGUGAAUUGAAUUGUAAAAGUAUUUGAUAAAACCUUUUCUUUUUUGAAAAUUCAAAUAAAAUUUCUUAACUCCGGA